AUGUGUGCCCCAGCCACGCUCAGCGCUGCUCUUUGGCCCUACAGGUUUCCAACCGAUGGGUUCCUGCUUCUGGCCCUGCUGCUCUACGCGCCCGUGGGGCUCUGCCUGCUCGUCUUGCGCCUCUUCAUUGGUGUACACAUCUUCCUGGUCAGCUGCGCCCUGCCGGACAGCGUGCUGCGACGAUUUAUUGUACGUGUGAUGUGCUCAGUGCUGGGCUUAUUUGUGCGGCAAAGUGAUCCCCGGCUUCGUGAUGUCAACGUGAGGGUGUAUAUCGCCAACCACGUGACACAAUUUGAUCACAACGUCAUCAACCUUCUGACCUCAUGCAAUACGCCUGCAUUGAAUGGUGCCCCCGGCUUCAUCUGCUGGUCACGGGGAUUCAUGGAGCUGGGAGUAACGGGAAGCCGAGCAGAGCUGGUGGAUUCCCUGAAGGCGUACUCGUCCCACAGAGGAAACCCGCCACUGCUGCUGUUCCCGGAGGAGGCUGCCACCAAUGGCCGGGCCGGCUUGCUCCGCUUCAGCUCUUGGCCGUUCUCAAUCUUGGAUGUGGUACAGCCAGUUGCCCUACAAGUUCAGAGGCCUUUGAUCACUGUGAGCGUGGCUGACUCCUCCUGGAUUACAGAGCUGCUCUGGACCUUCUUUGUUCCCUUCACAGUUUAUCAAGUAAGGUGGAUGCCGUCUGUCCCCAGACGAGCUGAAGAACUGAGUGAGGAUUUUGCGCUCCGAGUUCAGGAGCUCUUGGCCAUGGAGCUGGGUGUGGUAUCCACACGGCUCACUGCAGCAGAUAAAACUGAACACAUGAAGAGGCUGAGACACACGUCGCUCCUCCCCUUUGCCCCAGCCUCAAGCCAGCCCCUGGCAGCCAGGCCUAGGAUGCCUUCCAGCCUGACUGGUGUUGCUCCUGAGGAUGUGCGGAUCACGGCAAUGGCUCAGCGGGUCAAGGAGGUGCUGCCUCAUGUGCCUCUGGAGGUCAUCAGGAUAGACCUGGCCCAAACCAGCUGUGUGGAUACCACCAUUGCCAACUUGCUGGAGGGGAGAGUACCCUUCUUCCCUGAAAGUAGGGAGGCUGGUACUGACCUGCCUGCCCCGUCUACCUCUCAGGCUGCAGCUGCUUCUGGCAUCCAGGGCUCCGUAGCUGUGCCUUCUUCCAAGCCGGCUACAAAGCAAUUUGCAAAGUCCCCUGUGGAGCGGCAUCUGUCCUUGCAGGAGCGGAAGCGAGCACUGUACGACUAUGCCAGGAGGUGAGAGCCCACCCACACCUCACCCUGUCCGAGUCCCAAAACCCCCUCCCUGGCAGUACCCCGGUACGCCCCAAGCAUGGGUCAGCCCUUGCUUUGCCUCCUGUCCCCCCCGUUCCCCUCCUCUGGCCCAAGGCGGCAGGGCUGAGGCAGGGACCAUGGCUGAAGGAGACAGGAGGCAGAUGUUUGCUUCGCCACCUCCAAGCGUGCAGCAGCCCCUUGUCGUUCUGGAAGCGCUCUGUCUCCGGAAUUGCCACCAAGCUGCUGCUUUUGGGGACUCAGUGGGAUAGAAGCUGUUUGCCAGAAACAGAAGCUGCUGAGGAACAGGGCUUAGCGAGGAAGUCUCAUUCGGUUCCUUGGUGCGAGGGACUGGCUAUAGAAGUCGUUGUGGGACCAUAGAUUUCUUUGGGACGAGCAGUGGUGCGUGCCAGGGAACACUCGUUUUAGAAAGAAGUUUGCUGUUUGGGACAGCGCAAUGAAUCUUCCUUAGCGAAAGGGGAGAAUUAGAGAGCACAGGGAACGAGUCUGACCUCUGUGCGUGGUUUUGAUGAGGCAAAUACUGGAACAAGGGUCCCCUUCUGGUGCCUGGGCCUUCUCUACAAAAAGAUACAGGAAAUUCAGAGUGACUUUGGAGGGGAGGUUAAGUCUGUCCAACUUAACCAUAUGUGAGGUGGCACACUGCGUGGAACUGGGUGAAGGAGCCAGGUCUGAAAGGCUCCCUGGUCAAAAGCAGAGCAGUAACAAGUGGUUAGAAGCUGCAGGCAGGCAGACGUGCGCAGGUAACGGGGCGGUUGUUCCUGAAAAGGAAAUGGAUUAAUCGGUGGAAUAGGCUUCCAGCAGAAAUGACAGCUUCUCAGUGCCGGGCUGGCUCCGUGGGGGAUGUAGCGAUGACGGAGCGUUUGACUCGGCCGGAGCAGCAAGGGGCCCGCUCGCUGCAAGGGCGGGUCUCCGCUCGGUAGGGCCCCGUGCGAAGGGGGGACCCUGCUGGUGCCACGCUCGGGCGUUGCGCUGGGAUCUACUCCAGAGCACUCUGGGAGAGGCGGGAGAGGAUUGCGGAGGCUCGGGGAUCAGUUAAACCUUUGGGAUCCUGUGCCUUUGUGGCGCUGCAUCAGCUUCUCCCUACUACUGAAAGUCCAGGAGAUUUCUGUGGCUGGAAGUUGGAGGCAGACAAAUUGUGAGUGCCCGUUCCUCAAGGGCCAGCCCUCGGUGACUUCGGGAAGCUCUUACCGAGAAUUUAAUUUGAACAGGUCUGUUUUUCUGGAAGAUCAUUUCAGUUUAGAGGAAUUACAUCUCGGAGUAGUGCUGUGGCAUAGGGAAUGUCAGACUCCAUCUUCAGAGCUGUCCCUGGGCCUUUUACCGUGAGCACAGCGAGGGCUGAGGGCUCUCGCUGGAUCCACCGGGCACGAUCCGUUCAACAGCCACUGAAAGGGGGAGGAAAUCCCUUCCUGGGGAUACCCCACCUGACUCUGUGGCUCUCCUGCAUGCCAAUCUUUUGUGUCUCUCUUCUGAGGCUCUUCUGGCUAUAGAGUAGUGGUCUCUGUCCCUUCCUCUGAGAGGAGGGGACCCCAGUGGGAUCUGGAAAGGCAACCAUGCCCCUCGUGUUUCUCUGCUCCAAGGGCUUUCCGUACUGUCCUGGGCUGGAGAGCCGGUGCGUGUGUGUGUCCCAGCAGCAACCCCUGCCACUGCCAGCCCAGAGGAGGUUCGCAGCUCCGGGCUUGCGGAAUGCUUUAUUUCCCGAGCCCUCUGCCCAGGCUGUUGCAAGCACUGGCAGCUCAGAGAGACGUGGCUGUGCGCGGGGAGGGAUUUGGCUUUCUUCCCCAGCUGGGGGUUAGCGGCAGCGCAGGCAGGGCGCGGGGUCUGCCAGUUCAGGGUGGUGGUCGCAGGAGGCUGGUGGUCUCGCAGCGUCGCCCCUCCGUUCUCCCAGCUGGAGCCUCUUUGGUCUGGCACCUUUCCCUGCCUCUGGGGCCCGGUGUGUUGUGCACAGGUAUCCCACCCAAACGGGGGUGUAAGGCCAAGCUUUCACAGCCCCUCGCUUGGGGACAGUCGUGGCUGUCUACCGGCAGUCCCCACCGCGUCCCUCCCGCUCCUGAGCUUACCCGGGUAGCUGGC